CAUCAUCAUCAUCAUCAUCAAAUAAUGCGAUAAAAACAAAUAGCCCUUAUUAUAAUAGUCAAUUAUUAUCGAUACCAUUUCCAUCACAGCAACAGAUUUUAUAUCAACAUCCAAAUUUUCAAAAUUAUUUCAAUCAUCAUCAUCAUCAUCGUAAUCAUCAUCCAUCAACAACGACAACAACAACAACAACAAAUAAUGUACAACAACGGUCAAGUAGUGGUAAUAGCGGUGGUUCAUCACCAUCACGAAGAAAUUCAAUCAAUGUAUCGAAUCAAAUACCACGUAGUAUUAAUCCAAUGAUGAUUGAAACAAAUAUGAUACCAUCAAUGAAAGGAUCAAAAUGGUGGGAUAUUGCUCGUCAUUCACCACCAUCAUCAACUAUGAUUGAAUCAUCAUCAUCGUCAUCAUCAUUCGAUGUGGCUAAACAACAUAUGGAUGGCCGUCAUACAAAUGUAAUAUUACCAUCAAUAGGCAUGGGAUCAAAUUCAUUACAAUCAACAACAAAUCAGCUAUUGAAUACAAUGAAUUUACCAUUGAGAAAAAAACAACGUAAAUUAGUUCGAGAUAAUCCUGGUGUAUUGACAGCCAUUGCACGUGCAAUGAAAAUGGCCAUUAAUGAAUGUCAAACACAAUUUAAAGAUCGUCGUUGGAAUUGUCCGGUGAAUGAUUGGAAAAAAGGAAAACAUGUUUUCGGUAAAAUUAUUCAACGUGGAUGCCGAGAGACGGCAUUUGUUUAUGCAUUGACCAGUGCUGCAGUUGCACAUUCAAUUGCUAGAGCUUGUAGUGAAGGUAUGAUUGAAACAUGUACUUGUGAUUAUCGUUAUAAUCGUAAACCAUCCGGUAUCGAUUGGGAAUGGGGUGGUUGUUCUGAUAAUAUUGAUUUUGGCUAUAAAUUUGCCCGUCAAUUUGUUGAUUCAGCUGAACGUGGCCGUGAUUUACGUUUUGUAAUGAAUCUACAUAAUAAUGAAGCUGGACGAUUGCAUGUAUCAAAUGAAAUGAGACGUGAAUGUAAAUGUCAUGGUAUGAGUGGAUCAUGUACAUUACAAACAUGUUGGAUGCGUUUACCAUCAUUUCGUGAUAUUGGCAAUAAUCUUAAAGAUCGUUUUGAUGGUGCAUCACGUGUAUCGAUCAGUAAUGAAUAUCGUGGUUUUACCCGGAAAAUGAUGAAACAUGUACAAUUAAAACCAUAUGAAAGUGGCUAUAAAACACCCACACGUGAAGAUUUGAUCUAUUUUGAAGAAUCACCGGAUUUUUGUGUUCCAAAUCAUAAAUAUGGUGUAAUGGGUACACAGGGCCGUACAUGUAAUGCUUCCUCAAUUGGUGUUGAAGGUUGUCAUCUAUUAUGUUGUGGUCGUGGCUAUAUAACCGAAGAAAUUGAAGAAUAUGAACGUUGUAAUUGUACAUUCCAUUGGUGCUGUCAGGUCAAUUGUAAGAUAUGUAAAAUCAAGAAAAAAAUUUAUCGAUGCACCUGAACAUCAAUCAAUCCAAUCAAUCAAUAUUUGUUAAUGAUUCGCUUUGAUUACCAUUUUUGAUUGGCCACAUACACGCAUACACACCCAUACCUGAAAAUAUCUUGAUGGAUGGAUGGAUGAUGCACACAAUCCAUUUUAUCGUUGAUCAAUUUUUUCUUCUUAUUAUUUAUAUAAUUUUAAUCCAACAAAAAAUUUCAUUGUGUAUUUCCUUUUCCUUUCUUGUAUUUUCUUUUUUUUCACUGAAAAUGAAUUCAUGUGUACAAAAAAAAUAAAAAAAAAAAUCAA